UUGGCGGUCUGCAAUGUUCUGGAAUCUUUUUUCAUUGUGAUACGCUGGAAGUCUGAGAUCCGAGUUGGAACGUGAACGCACCAUUAUUUAGUAGUCAAUCUUACUUGACAAUGUGGCGUUAUUUUAAGGACUGUAGUUUAUCUUAUCAGAACACUUAAAAUGUAACUGUGCGUUCCUUUGAAUAUUCAGUGAGAUGUCAGGCAGGGAAUUUUCGUCAUUCCAACAGACGAUAACACGAGCGUGAAGGCAACGCCGCGAGUGAGUGACGCUGCAAACGCAACGUGUGGAAAGCCACAACAUGUUUUGAUGAGACGUUUGGAAGCUCCUGGAAGUCUCGAGGCGCCAGGCAGUUGCCCGUGCUUGCCAAAUGACGGACGCGGAGGCGUCAUCGCGGAGCAGCGGCUACGACGUGGAGCGGUUUGUGGACGCCCCGGACUACGACCUCAUCUGCGCCAUAUGCCAGGGGGUCCUGCGGUGUCCGGUUCGAGCGGCGUGCCGCCACGUCUUCUGCAAGAAAUGUAUUCUGCAGUGGCUCAAGAGACAGGAGACGUGCCCCUGCUGCCGAAAAGCCAUUAACGCCUGCACCAUCUUCGUCUUGUUCAAAUUGAGCAAGUCCAUCGGACGCAUGAGGAUAAAGUGUAAGAACGAGAUCCGCGGCUGCCCGGCGACAUUUCCCCUCUCGGAGCAAGACUGCCACAGCCUGAACUGCUCGUACGAGGUGGUCCCUUGUCCGCACGCCGGGUGCCGGGCGCAGCUGCUCCGCCGCGACCUGGAGACCCACGCGCGCCGCUGCGAGCACUGGCGCCAGCCGUGCCGCAUGGGCUGCGGCGCCGUGCUGUGCCCGCGCACGCGGGCGCAGCAUAACUGCUACAUGGACCUCAAGCGGCAGUACUGGGCCAGGAGCAGGAACCACGGGGCCGUCGCCGCCGCCCUGCAGCGCAAGAUGACGAGGAUGCAGAACGCCAUGGCGCACGUGAAGAGGCAAAUCGGGCUGAUAUGCGAGAGUCUGCGAGUGAUGGACGAGCUGCACAAGGUCGACGAGGACUCUGGGGAGGGCACGUCCGGAACCGCGCGGACCGCGUUGAGCAGCGACGGCUAAAUGUCUUCAUUUCACUUGAUGUUGUGGCUUGAACGGGCGGGGAAGCUCGCAUCGCGUCGCAUCGCGUCGCAUCGCAUUCAUGAGAGUCAAUUUCGAACAUUUCUCCGCUCAUAUCGUAAAUAAAACAAGGGUUAAA